AUGUACAACCUCAAGAGCCUUCCGGCACUGCUAUGCCUCGUGCUGGCUGUCGCUCCCGUCCUGUCUGCACCUGUCGCUGCUGGAGAUGGAGCCGUUGUGCGAAGACAGAGCCACCACUUCAAUACCAACACCCAGUCCGGUUCUAACAUGGGCUUCUCUAUCCCUGAUGGCCCAUCCUACAACUCUGGCCAGUACGCCUCGAACGCAUAUCGCGAAGACCGUGGGGGCGACAUGGAUGACAAUGGGGGCUCAAGUGAGUCCAGCAACACCAACGCAGGGAACUCGAUGAAUAUCGGCAUCCCGGGUGGUCCCAGCGUCAACUUGGGCAACUACUUCAGUAACAACUAUGAAGAAUCUGAAGAGCCACGGCCAAAGCCCUCGACUACUUCCACUACCACCAUCCCAGAGUCCACAACGGCCCCUCCACCUCCACCAGUCAACCCUCCUAUUGAGACUUCUGUUCCUGCCCCUCCUGCCCCUCCUACUACAACUACCACCACUAUCCAACCCCCUCCUCCUCCCCCUACAACCACUGCUCCCCCGGCUCCUCCUACAACUACUGCUCCUCCUGCUCCUCCAACCAUUACUCCACCAGCUGCUCCCCCUACCACUGCUCCUCCAGCACCCCCAGCUCCGUCUACCCCCUCCGAGCCGGCUCCUCCUGUUGAGACCGAAGAACCUGAGGAGCCAGUGCAAGCAUGCCCAGCACCGGAGCCUGAGCUACAGCCUGAGCCUGAGCAGCAGUCUCCUGAGCCUCCAGCUGAACAUGGACCUUCCCCUGAACCGGAGUCAUCUCCUGCCCCCGAGCCUACCCCUGCACCUCAGCCCAACCCUCCACCAAGCCCUCAACCAGAGCCCCAACCCCAACCUCAGCCCCAGCCCCAACCUGACCACGAGCCUGCAUCCGAGCCCAGGAUCAUACCCACUCCUUCCCCAGCUGCUCCAGCAUUGCCUGCAUACACCUGUCAAUGCCCUGCGUGA